CUAGGCAUGGUUUUUUUCGAGCCGUACUGCGUGGUCUUGUCCCGCUUGAUCAUCGGCGAAUACGCUUUCAACCCGGUGGGCCGGAAGGAGAUCGAGGACUUUUGCACCAAGCUGUUCCGCCUAGAGUUUGAGGAGUACUGGGAACAAAACGCGGAGUCGAUCGAGGAAAUGCAACAGCACGAAGACCGAAACCUUCUCCCCAACGCCAAAUUUUUGAUCCUUUCCGAAGCGGAAACGAACUUUCUGCAGGAAGUAUCCUGAGUAAAAACGUCCCCAGCCCAGAGUUGUCAUGCAGAAUUGCAAGCGCAGGCACACAACUUGUAAUGCGCAUCCCGAAGUAGAGAGGCAUUUUCAAUCGUGUUUUGGCAUUUGUAAUGCUGCAAACAGGAUAAGGGGGCGGUUUUGUCAUGCGGCUCCCCUUGCUAACCAGCACUACGAUACAGCGAGAAAGAACUUGUCAUGCGUAAUUCCCAAAUCUUCUGGAUUUGUGUUGCAGAGUUUCCAACUUGACUAUGGGGUCGUGGGGACGUUUUUCCUGAGGAUAGGAAGUCACCAAGCACUGCUGGAAAAACAUGCUGGAGUUGAUCCGAAUCACGAUCUAUCAAAUGCAAAAAUGUCUGGAUCUGGAAUGUUGCCGGGUUUGUCAUGCAUAUUUUGCAUGACCCAGGAUGCCUGUAAUGCACGACCUAGCAUCACAGAUUUUUAGAGGGCUUCCGGAUGCCUACUCCGCAUGACAAAUGUCCUCCCCGCGUAGCACAAACUAGACUCCUCUUGCUGGUCAUAAUACAGAUUUUGUUUAGAGUCCAAAGUUAGCUUCACAAGUUCCAACGUUCCAGACCCAGACACUUUUGCAUGUGAUACGAUCAAGCAAUCUAACGGCUGGAUGGACAAUCCCGAAAUUCACGCUUUUGGGAAGUACGAGGCCCAACUGGUGGAAAAGACGAACGCUUACAUCGAAGAACUGGCGAUGACUUUGGAAAGGGAAGCGGGGAGGUUGGGCGGCAAAAACCAUGGGGUGCGCAAGGAUAAAGAUUCGGCUGCGGCGUUUUUCCAGCUUGGGGCGCGGAGGUUUUUGGAAAGUCGCGAAGACCUCUACAGCCACGUGAAACCGUAUGGGAGUGUCAGGAUCGAAAUCGACAAAAUCGAAAAACUUGUGAUGCGUCAAAUGUAGGGCACUGAAGGCCUGUAUUGGGAAGCAGGUAAAUGAGACCGAUUAUAAGCCUGUCUAGGGGCAUGCAAUGUGCUGCCAGAGUAGCAUGACAGGAGCAGUCUUCUUUGCCCAAACAGCAUGACAGACUGGAUUCGGGUGCUCCCGAAAUUUGUCAUGCGCCACCUGGAAACUGAGGCGCCAACUGGUAUCGAUUUCAUGCAUCACAAAUUUUUCGACUUUGUCAAUUUCGAUUCUGACACUUCCAUAAACCGACCGAGCCGCUUAUCGGGCUGUUACACGAACAAGACGACGAGUUAGAUGUCGGGUUCUGCAUCCAAAACUAUUUCAAGGACAAGAGCAGUAAUACUAAUACCAGCCUACAGCAGAAACUGAAACAGCAAGCAAAGCCGGGUAGUUCCGUCCCGCCUUCAUUGUUUGACAAGCCUGGUUCCUACUACCGUUCGUCUUCCCCGAAGCCGGGGGUGAGCUCCUCCGUGCCAGGGCGGCAAUCGUCAGCCGCUGGUGCCACAGCUCUGGGCGCGUGGUCCCCGCCCAGCGGCCCCGCGCCGCCGACCCCUCCAUCGCAAAUGGAUAUGGUGUUACCGGCGUUGCCGACACUCAGUCCGCCGGGAAGCCUAUCCUGUGUAAAAGCGUCCCCAAGCCACAUUUGUCAUGCAAACCUGCAUGCUCAAAAUGUUUCUCAUGCGGAGCCCUAUGACACGCAUUUCUUGAUCGUGUUUUGGAAUUUGUAAUGCUCCAAUCAGCACAAUAGGCUAGCUCUGUGAUGCUUCUGAACAAGCUAAAUCAGGAUUACACCCCGAGACCAAAUUUGUCAUGCGCAACAGCCAAAGCUGGUUGAUUUGUCUAGCAGAUUUCCCAAGUUGACUAUGGGGUGGGGACGUUUUUACACAGGAUAAAGCCCGGUGAGUCCGGUCCGGAGCGGCAGAAUUAGUACGCUGUCGAAACAAGGUAUGGAACUGUCAGGAUUGAAAUUAACAAAGUUGAAAUAAUUUGUGAUGCAUAAAAUCUAUACCAGUUAGACACCCACAGUUUCCAAUCGGCGCAUGACAAAUUUUCCUGGCCUCUGAAGCAAGUCUGUCAUGCUGUUUAGGGAAAGGUGGCUGCUCCCUGUCAUGCUAGUCAGCAGCCCAAUUCUUGACCCUUACCAGCACUAGAAUCUGCCUCCCUUGCGCCUUCAGCAAUAGCGUCAGUCUUUGUGUCGCAUUUUAUGCAUGGCAAAUCAUUUCAACUUUGUCGAUUUCAACUCUGACACAUCCAUACAAGGGACUUCUUCUCAACAGCAGGAUCCACAGCAGCAGCACAUGGUCAUUAUUAUGAAAGCAUCGUAUUCGUAUUGCAGUCAUGCAUUACAAAUCUUUUCCUCAAGGUAAAUCAGCAUUACAAAUUUUAUUUCUCAUGCUGAGGAAAUUUGUAAUGCAUUUAUACGAGUACGACUACGAUACUUUUGCAGUUCAUAAUUAUCUCCUCUGCCACGACCUCGCCGAAUCCUCAAGCGCAAACCACGUCAAAAACCACCGCUGGUGUCGUGCAGGGGCCGCCGCCCCAACAGAUCAACAAGUUGCUGAACACGCAAAGACAGUCGGCAGCACAGUUUCCGACUUUCUUUUCCAUUCGCGUGCCGCACGCCAUUAUCGUAAGGAAAAAUCACCCCUUCCCAUAUUGCCAAGGUACGUUAUUUUCGAAAAUUUGUGUGGCUGAUUUGUGACCACAAAUCACGUCUGUCUUGCAAGAAGGCAACUCCACAGGCUUCGCCGCAUUAUGCAGGCGGUUGGUGAUGCUGUUGGGCCUACAGUGCGGAUGUUUUUCAUGCUAAGCGCGUAGGCCCAGGCCUCUCUACUCACAGUUAGUAUGUGCCUGCAGUCCUCGCCAGCAAGACAGUUGGCAUCUGUGUACUACACAAAGCCGGCAUCAGAAACUUCGUGUUGACAUGGGGAGGGGGGGACUUUUCCUUUUGAUAGCCACGCGCCCGAAACUGCUCCCGAGCGGAACGCUGUUACCGGUAUUUCAGCAGCUGUGUCAAACGAAGGUGGCCUGCCCCGUGAUAGACGUCGAAGUGAUUGCGCAGCGGAGCAAAAGCCCCCCGCGGGGGGACGAAGAAACAAGCAGGGGAGUUGUGCACACUACAAAUAACACAGCUGCUCCUGGCAGCACGACCAGAGGAGCUCACACGACACAGGGCGAGAUCGUGCCGCCGCCGGGGGUGGACUUGAAAAAAGCGGCUAACGCGUUGUCCUGCGAUUGGACGCGACCCUCGUCGCUGCUGCAUUCAGAUCAUGCUGAUAACCUCGGGAACAUGGUGGCGCAACUGGACAAUUUGACCACGUCGGAGCAGCGGAAGUCGGCAAUGGACAAAAAAGUGACAUUUUCCACUGCAGUCGGGAACAAUGAAACGACGACUCAAGUGGCGGCGGCGGGCUUCACAGCGGGGAGUCACGUGGUCAGUAGUGGGCAUCAUCAUCACCACCAUCACCACCACAAGGACAAAAUGACACAACUACUACCCGGCGGAGCCGCGACAGUAGUACCUCCAAACGUCCUGAUUCAACAUCCGUAUGCACUGCAAAAGUAUCGUACUACUAAGCAUAAAUUGCAUCACAAAUUGACUUAGCAUUACAAAUAAAAUUUGUCAUGCGGAUUUGCCUGAAGAAAAAGAUUUGUAAUGCAUUGUCGCAAUUAGUACAAGUGCGAUACUUUUGCAGUGGAUAAAAAUCCGAGCUGUGUAACCAUGAUUCAUCCGAAUGUGAUCCCGGGAACGAACCAAAUCCACCCGAACGAUCCGGCGUACCGGUAUCCUGGGGAAAGGUAUCGUACUCAUAGUAUAUUGCAAUUAUGCAUGACAAAGCUCUUUCUCAAGGUAAAUCAGCAUCAGAAAUUUCAUUUCUCAUGCUGAUGACAACUUUGUCAUGCAAAAAUCACUACUAGUACGAUACUGUUGCAAUGCAUAAGCGGUUGUAUUCUACCAUUGCGGAGGCCGACGAGCUGACGAACAAUAACUUCUUCCAGGGCGCUAUGCAAGAAAAAAACUGUGUAAGAAGUAAAAAUUUGUGUUGCAGAACAUGCAACAGAGUUACACCUGUCAUGCGAGACAGCCAUGAGGCCCUCUUUUUAUGUGUGUUUUGCCUUACAACCCACGCAUGACAGGUUUUCUCUGUCACGUAGAGUAAAUUUGUGAUGCUGUUCCUCAAAGAAAGUUACAGUUACACACUUUUUUUUCUGGAUAGGCGCCGGAGGACCGCACCACCGGCAGCCGCGUGCGGAGGGCUCCGAGGCAUCCCGGCGCACAGUAUUGCGAGGAAAAAUCCUCCUCCCCAUAUCAAAACGAAGUUUCUGAUGCUGGAUUUGGGAACACAAAUCAGGUUUGUCUUGCAGAAAGUGCUUGGCGGCAUGCUCUAAGCCUGUUUGGGUAUCCAGAAGGCUAGCAAUUACGCAUGGAAAACAGGUUUACAGUAGCCGCAAGCGCAUGACAGAUUUGCUUUGGAAUGCGCCACAUGGCUCCUAUUGCGUUAUAGGCAAGACAACGAUGAUUUGUGACCACAAGUCAGCAUCACAAAUUUCCAUUUUGAUAUCGGGAGGGGGGAUUUUUCAUUUUGAUACACAGAGCAGAUUCCCGAGCCUGGUAGUAGGGACAUGGAGUCGGGACAGUCGCAGUCGCAAGCGAGCAUCAUCUAUCAGCUGCAAAUAUGUUGUCUGGGUCUGGAAUAAACUUGUGUUGCUGAUACUUGCAUUGCAAACUUGCUGCUUGUAGGUAUAACAGCAUGAGAAAUUUCCCUCGGCAUUCUUUGGGGAUUUCAUUCGCAUUUAGCAUGACAAACUACCAUAUCCAGCACGACAAAAAAACUGGCCAAUGGUAUUCAUGCAUUACAGAUCUUGUUGUCCUUGACGUCCUGCAUCACAAAUCUCGACCCAGACAUAUUUGCAAUGCACAUCAUUGACUACGAUCAUCAAAUGAUCGACCCGAUUGCUCAUCAGCUGCACGCGGUAUCAAGUGCGAAAAUCCCUGGAGGUCUGGAAAAGUGUAAACUUGUCACGCAGAUUUUCCAUGACCCGUGAAAUCUGGAAUGCGGGACUCAGCAUGACAGACAUUCUGUGAGAUUCCUAUCAUGCCUAUCCUGUCGAUGAGAAACUCCAUCCUAACUUGGUCAAAAAUGCACAGCUUUUGGUAAUCAUGCAAGACAGAUUUUUACGUGAUUCAGAUUUACCAUGACAACUUGCCACCUUCCAGACAUCCAGGGAUUUUUGCAUUUGAUACGCGGAGGGCAGUGCGCAUUUUGACUUCAUGCAGAGCGGCCGGUCGGAGUAUUCCGGGUCCACCGGAUAUCAAAAGAAAAAAGCUCGUCACGAUCACUCAUGGGCAUUUUUGCAAUACAAAAUUGUCUGUCAUGCGUAAAAAUGCAUCACAGCCACACUUCAUAAGGGAUUUCCCUAGUGUUUCUGCAUUACAAGGAGAGCUUGUGAUGCUAAAAAAAUUUGUAAUGCAAAACCUGCAGCUUAGUGACUGUGACAAACUUUUUUCUCUCUAUACCGGACCAAUUUCCCGGCUAAAUCGGGAGCGCGCGCUGUCUAUGCAUUGCAAAUAUGCCCUCGGCGUCUGGAAGGAUGGAACUUGUGAUGCGUCAUUUGGACCACACAAAAAUCUGUCUUGCGCGAUCGCCAAAAGCUUUCCUUUUCUGUUGACCACCAUGAUGAGAGGGAGUUUCUCAUGCAGGAAUAGAGGCAUGAUAGAUACCUCGCACAAUCUGUCAUGCUAGGUCCUGCAUUCCAGACCUUAUGGCGCAUGGAAAUUCUGCAUGACAAAAUUGUACGCUUCCAGACAUCCAGGCAUAUUUUUUGUAUUUGAUACUGUCCCGCGGUAACCGGGCGGUGGUGAACGCGAGUGUGGUGAAAACCUUGACGCCGUAUCGCGAGAAAAAAGUGUUACAGUUACACACAUAGUCUAUGCAGGCCAAGCAAGACAGACAAGCUCUGUCAUGCAGGAUAUGCAUAGGAGCCUCGUUUCAUAGGUGUUUAUGUUUUAUUCCCGUAGGAUUGCUGCAUUACAAGUUUUCUCUCUCAUGCAGAGCAAUUUGCGUUGCUGAAUUCACUACAAUAAAAAAGUGUGUAACUGUAUACACUUUUUUCGUGGGAUACGCCGUAUGGAAAUAAUAAUCUUCCGAGCGACAGUACCAGCAAGAGCUCUACUUCGCGGGGCAGCUCACCACGCGCUGCCGCCCCGAAUGCAGCCAUGUACAAAACCAAGAAUUUACAUACCCCACCGUCGAUGCAGCUGAUGCCGUCUUCCAUUUCCAUCCCGGGUGGGAAGCUGAGUAUGGAGAGGAAAAAGUUUGUCACAGUCACUAACUUGCGGGUUUUGCAUUACAAAUUUUUUUGGCAUCACUACUUUCCUCUGUGUUGCAGAAACACUAGGGAAAUCCCUAAUAAAGUUUGGCUGUGAUGCAUUUUUACGCAUGACAAACAAUUUUGUAUUGCAAGAAUGCGCAUGAGUGAUCGUGACGAACUUUUUUUGUUUGAUACUGAGUAAGCAGAAGCCAAUAGUCGCGGACCAAGUGAAGGAAAAGCAAGUAUCCUGAGUAAAAACGUCCCCACCUCCCCAGAGUUGUCAUGCAAAUCUGCAUGCCAAAAAUUAAAAGAGACACGUUGCUCAAGCGGAGCCCCAUGAGAAGCAUUUUUUUUUCGUAUUUGGGAUUUUGCGAUGCUGGAAUCAGCAUGAUAUGCUGGAUCUGUCAUGCUUGUGAACUAAGUAUCUAUAACAGGAUUACACUACGAAGACAAACUUGUCAUGCGAAACAACCAAAGCUGGUGGAUUUGUAUAGCAGAUUUCGCAUGUUGAGGACUCUGGGGUAGGGAUGUUUUUACUCAGAAUAGCAAGUCGUCGAUAACGACGGAACCACGAAAACUAUUUUUGUGAAAAAGAAGGAAAAACAGAAGAAGGAGCAGCGGAGCGGGAGCCGAAGUGAAACAUCGGUGUCCUCGCGCGGUUCAUCGCGAAGCCCAAGUGGCACUGCUAAGGAGUCGAAGAAACUCCGUACAUCAAACGGUAAGAACGACGGCUCAGGAAAUAAGGGAAAUAACAUCACGACGGAUCAGACCAAAUCGGACGUAAAGCAGAUGCUUGUAAAAGCGGCCGAGGAUCCCGAACAGGCGACCAAUUUGGAUGAUUUGAUCGAAAACAAAACCGAUCGUGAUUUGGUGGACGCCGUGGACCACGCUCUGCACCAGCACCUGCAGGAUAUGGAUUGCAAAAGAGUAUCGUACUUUAGUAGAAUUCGCACGACAAAUUCCCCCAGCAUGAAAAAUGAAAUUUGUAUAUGCGGACUUAGGUUAAGAAGGAGAUUUGUAAUGGUGCAUGAGCAUGACUGCGAUUACUUACUACAAGUGCGAGACUUCUGCAAUUCAUACAGGAUUUGACAGAGCAAUUCGAGUUUGAGUACCAAGAUUUGGAAGAUUUUCUCCUGGAAGACUUGAAAAAGAAAAGACUGCUCGCGACGGGCAAUGACGCCCGGAUUCUGACGAAGUUCAAAAAUUUCGACGCGAAAAAUUUUCGCGAACGAUUGACGGAGCGGCAAAAGGAGGUCGCCUUGUUCUCGAAAACGGUCAAGGAGAUGGUCAAGCUCACGCCGAAUGCCCAGUUGCUCGCGGAGUCAGAUGUGCAAUUGAUUGUCGAGGCGGCGAGUCACUUGGAAAAGGACCUGGCUUCGGAUGCAACGAUCAUCGAAUCGGAGUUGUCCUAUCAACUGCAAAAAUGUCUGGCUCUGGAAGAAUGCGAACUUGUGAUGCGCAUUUCACAACACAUUCACAUUCAUAAGAAUCUCUCAUGCAUAGGCAGCAAAAGCUGCCCACUUUCUGCCAUCUUAAUCGGGCAUUUGUGAUGCAGGUUCGGCAUUGCGGAAGCUUCUCGAAACCUGUGAUGCUAGAGCUUCCAUGCCAGACCUUCUGUGUCAUGCAAAAGCGGCAUGACUCUGCCAGACCCAGACAUUUUUGCAUUUGAUAUGUCCGUAGUGCGAACCAUUUUGACGCGGGUGAAGAAGAUAUACGCAAAAGAACUCGUGGUGAAGGACAAUAAAGAGGUGGAGCUGCAGGUUACCGUCUUGGAAGAUGAAGACGAGGCGAAGAAAAAUCCGUACGGAGUCUCUGGAGACCUGGCCGGCGGCGAACGCGAGUCGACCGCGAGUGACCGGCAUGGCAGGGAGAACGUGGAAGUGGUGUUUAUGAACUGCGAAAGUAUCGUACUAGUAUAAGUUGCAUUACAAAUUUACUUAGCAUCACAAAUUGAAUUUGUAAUGCAGAUUUGCCUUAACAAAGAGAUUUGUAAUGCAUAAACGCAAUUAGUACGAGUACGAUACUUUUGCACUGCAUAGCGUUUAUCCAGGAGGAAAUUUCCGAAGAUCCAGACAAGGACCGCACCAGCAGCAAGAUGAACCGUGGCAACCGUGACAGCGCGGCGGAAGCGGCGGGAAAUGCAGACGAAGAAGAGUUUUGGGACGACGGGACUGGGGGAGAUGUUGCUGCGGACGAUGACAAAGAAGCGCAAAGCAGCAAAAAAUCCGUGAGCGACUUGAUCGCGAAAAAAGGGAAAAAAGCGCAGAAGAAAAAAAAGAAGGUAAGAGAAACGGAAGUUUAUGACAUGAUCGAUGCAGAACACGGCCUCGGCUACACGUCCGGCCGGUGGGUGGGCAAGUACGGAAAGAAGCCAAAAAAAGAGGAAACAGAGAGCUCGGAGGAAGAAGAAGUUGAGGAGACCGAGAUUCAAAAGAAGCGCCGGGACGUGCUCGCGUUCGACUACCUGCUGCGGAGAGUGCAAUUGCUGGACGACUCGAUCAAGACUAUCGUGCUGCGCAUGACGCAGACGCAUUUGAAGGAAAUUGAGACGGAGAUGGCGAGAAUUACCAACGUAUCAAAUGUAAAAAUGUCUGGGUCUGGAAGAUUGCAACUUGUAAUGCUGUCUUUGGAUUCCAAAAAAAUCUGUAUUGCAUGACCAGCAACAGGACUCCAGUUUGUGUUACGCGGAGAGGGCAUUUCUCAUGCGGAACAGCCAUUAGGAAGCCCUCUAAAAAUUGCGUUGCUAGGUCAUGCAUUACAAGCAUCAGGCGUCAUGCGAAAAAUGCAUGACAAACCUGGCAAUCUUCCAGACCCAGACAUUUUUACAUUAGAUACAACGCAAAGUUGACCGACGGGACUACGAAAGAGAAGGAUCUACAAUUUCCGGAAGAGCUACAGGAAUUGACGAGCGACCACUUGCGCACGCUGGAGAAAACUUUCAACACGCUGGAGCGGAAACUAGAGAUCGUCCACGCCAUGGCGGAGAAGGCGCGGGGGAAAAGGGAAGCGGAAAAGAUUGAGGCGCUGAUUUACCAAUUGACAACGGAAUUGAAUCAGAAAGAGAAGGAAUUAGAUGAAAAGUUUGCGGCCGUGCUGGAAAGGGUGAAAGCGUUUUGA